AAAAAGUUGUACACUUUAAAUGGUGCGACAGGAUAUUAUUUUUUUGUAACAUUUUCAGUUCAAAAAGGUAAAUAAAUAAAUGUAAAAGGUGUUAAUAUAUUAAAAAAUGAUUGUAAGAUAGAAUUUUGUAAGUGACAUUCCUUAAUUUUUUGUGUCGUUUGAAUUAAACAUUUUUUCAUCGUCAUGGCGCAAUCAAUUUGCUAAUGGCAGCCAUUUUUCUUCAAUGCAAAAGUGAAAAUUCACAUUAGAUAAACAUUGCGUAGCAUUUUUGUUUUUGUUUUGGAAAAUGAAUUAGUCUUGCCAACAAUUUAAAAAAAAUGGCAUAAUAUAAAUAAAAAAAAUAUAACAUUAAUUUACUUCAAAAUAGAAAAACCUAACAAGAAAUAGAAAAUUGCAACCACAUAAAAAUUAAAGAUUACUAAAAUAGAUGGCAAACAAUUUAAAAAUUUACUAAAACUAAAAUACAUACAUACAUACUUCAAAAAAACAAAUAAAUAAUUAACGAGGAAAAUUCAUUUGGAAACACAAAUUUAAAGUUUGAAAAAGAAUUUUAACUAUAAAUUUUAAAGAUAAAUUGCAACUAUAAGAAAGAUACAUACAAAGAAAAAAGGAAAUAAUAUACACAAUAAAAUUGUAACAGCUGUCAGCAAAAAGAAAAGGUGCAAAAAAUAUAUCACGACUCUAAGGAUCAAAAAAAAAUGAGAUAAAAUACUAAGCAACAUGAAUUUUUAAAAAAAAUCCAUUGAUAGUUGAUUUUGAAAUUUACGAAUUAUUUUAACAGUUAUAUAUAUUUACAUAUAUACAUAUAUAUUGAUUAUACAUAAUAAUUAUUGUUAAAAUUUACAUUAUUGUAAUGUAAGAACAAAAGAAAGUAAUUUUUAAAAAUAUUUAUUUGAAAGAAAAUAUAAAAUAGAUUAUUUUUUUUUAUUUUAAUAUUUUUCUUCGUUUACAAAUCUGUUCUAUUUUAUUAACCAACAUUUAAAAAAAUUUCAAAAUAAUAUUCUUUUGAUAUUAUUAUUAACUGGAACUGCUAAAAAAAAAGAAUACAAGUAUUAAAAUUUAUUUUUAAACAAAAUAUUAAUUGAAAGAGGUUUCAAACAUCUUUACAAGAAGCUCUAUUUAAUAUACAAUUUUUGCAGCUAUAUAAAAGUUUGUUGAAAAAAAUAUCUUAAAUUACAAAAAAAAUUCUUGAUUGAACAAAAUUAAAAAAAAAAAUUUAAUUUUUUUUUGCGUUUUUUACUUAAAUUUUUUUAAAACAGCAACAAAAGAAAACGCAAAAGAGCAGAUUUUAAAACGCUUAAAAAUAUAAUUUUAAUUAAAAUCAAAAAAUUACAAAAAAAAAAUAUAUAUACAUAUAUAAAUAUUAUAAUUGAGUUAUACAAAAUGGCAAAUCAAAAUAUUAUCAAUAACAAUUUAAAAUUGUUAUCUUACAUUGAGGCACCAUUGCAACAUGAAUAAAAAACUACGAAACAAUAAUCAGAUAGGCCAGCAGCGUCUACUGUUUAGGCGCCCAAUAAAAGCGGCCAAUAAAUCCAAUUUCAUUGAAAUUGGAUUUUAUAUAAUAUCUGAAUGACACUGUUUCUAAAUAGUUUUAAGGUAUGAAGUAUCCCCAGCUUGUAUCAACACGUGCGGUGAACGCCAUCUCUGAUUGGUUAGUAUCACGAUUGGAGCAAUUAGGCGUUGAGGCACCUCUAAUCUAUUCUAGACUUCUUUUAUCUCUUUUACAUUCAUCUGUUCAGAUAAACGAUCCUAUUGAGUUCAACAAUUUAGAAACAUAUUUAACUAAUCGAAAGGGUCAAAAACGCCAUCAUCAUUAUUAUCCUCCAACGGAUGCAAAUACACUAAAAAAAUUAACAGCAAUUCAAUGUCUUACUGAAGCUGUCUCUUCUGAACAAGAGAUAUCUAAUAUUGAAACACUAGUUGAUGAAUUGUGCGAUAAAUUGAAUGAUAUAGAAAAGCAACUAGAUUCUGAUGAAAACGAAUAUCAAACUAUUGGGCAAAUAUUAAAUUUUAUAACUGUAGUUGGAUCUGCAACCGAAACAAGUGAUAUUGGAGCUAGUACUAGUGUUUCGCUAUCAUCUUCGUCAUCAUCAUCAUCAAAAGCAACAGAAGCGGAUAGCUCUUCUUUUGUUACAUCUUCUACAGAAGAAUAUAGCAAAAGCUAUAGUAUUCGAAAUAAAAAUUCUAUUAAUUUGAAUAUAUUUACUAAACAACGUAAUAAUAAAUCUAAUAAAGCUCGUGUUAUUAUUGAUUUAAAAGAUAUUGAAGAUCCUCGAAAACGUUAUUAUAAUGCGUUUCCAGCAUUAACUAAAGAGAUGGAAGAUUCUUUUAGAAAUUCUAAUCGUUAUACCAAAGCACUUACAUGGCCAAAUGACAAAACAACGUCAUUUAUUCAACAACGUAUUAAUAACACUAAUAUAAAUAAUAACCUUAAUAACAAUAAUACUAAUAAUAAUAAUAAUAUUAAUAAUAAUAAUAAUAAUCAUAAUAAUAAUAAUAACAGUAAUAAUAAUAAUAAUAAUAAUAAUAAUAGCAACAACAAUAAUUAUAAUAAUUCACAUAAUAGUAGCAAAACUAAUAAUAAUAACAUCCACAGUAUCAACUAUAGUAAUAAUAAUAGCAAUAAACACUCUUUUAACACUGAUAGUAACUAUUUCAAUUCUACUAAUAUUAAUAACCAAAAUGAAAUGUAUAAUAAAAAUAAUCACAAUUUAAGCAACAUUAAUACAGCUGGGGUGAAAAGAAAACCAAAACGUCGACGAAAUCAAGCUUUAUCUAAAGGCCGAACGAACAAUAAUCAUCAACGGAAAAGUUCUUAUUCAGGAAACUGUUCCCCAACCUGGGAUACGGAUUUCGAGGGAUCGUGGGAAAUGGGUCGCGACUUAAUAAAAGAAUUUAUAGUCAGAGAAAAUAACCGAAAUCGUAGUACAUCAGAAAGUGCCGCAUAUAAUGAAGAUUUAAGUAAUAUUAGUAACAAGAAAAGAGAUGGUAAUGUUGUAAAUAACACUAUUAAUGAAGAAAUUAAAAGUGAGAAAUUCCAAACUGUGAAUGAUCGAGAAGAAAAUGCUGAAAACAUAUUUUAUGGUUUAACAUCAAUAAAUCAUUUAAAUAAAAAUUCAUUUCUGUCGAAUUUGUUGCAAAAUAAAGAAAACUUGGCAACAAAUUUAAAUGGUCCAAAAUUUCAAUAUUCAAUUUCAUCAGAUAUUAUGCAACCCGAAAUUUCAAGCACUACAAAUGCUAACAAUACUCCUUUUGUAAACUCUAAUAAUUUGAAUGUUAAUAUGGAUCAAAAUAAUUUAUUAAGUGAUGAGGGAUAUUCAACUCAUGAAAAUUUAACUUCAUUAUCAGAGUUAGAUACUAGUGGCAUGGAAAACAUUGACACUGAGAAACAGUUUAAAAUAAAAAAUGAUCCUCGUUUGAGUUCUGCGCAACGUCGCUUGUACGAAAGAGAUAUGAUAAUUGAUAAUAAUGAUGACUCUUCAAUGAGUUUUUGUUCUAAUAUCGAGCAGCAACAGUAUGAUUUUGCACAAUUUAAAGCGAAAUUUAAUAGCAGUGUUGAGGCAUUAUGGAGAAACAACGCCGAUCAAAAUGACAAUUCCAAUUUUUCAGGCACAUCAGAGGAAUUAAGAUCCUUACCAUCAGUGCAACAAAAUCAGGGCUUAAAUAGUUUUUGGACAAAUUACUAUAAUCAUCGUUAUGAUAAUAAUAAAUUUGAAAACAUAAACGAGGAAAAUCAAUCAGAAAAUAUUGAACAAAGAGAUUUUUUAUCUAUGCCAAACCAAAAUAAUGUAAUAACAGUUUCAAAACAGACUCCGUCUUUAUUUUUACAAGAUUCCAUUUGGUCAGACUCAUCAAAAAAUUAUGAUGAUGACGAAAGCUUUUAUGCUGGUGUUAAAAAGUCCAUGCAAUAUAAAAAUUUUAAGGAAAAAAGUAUUUGUGAAAAUUAUCCCCAUGAUAUUACAAAAUGUCAAGAAGGUAUUAACGAAAUUACUUUUGAAGAGCAGCCUACAAAUUCUGUGGAUCAUCAAAAUUCGAUUUCUAAUUUGAAUUAUGGGGCUAGAGAAAUGGUAUUGCACAACCUCUAUAAUAUUGCACCUAAUAAUCUACAACAAAAUGAUGCUACAAACUAUGUGCAACCUUAUAUAAGCGAAGCAUAUAACGAAGAAAUUUCUUCUUAUAAUAAGCACCCACAACAGACGUUUCAGCAAAUAAGCCUUAAAGAAAAUGAAAGUUUUAUCAAUGAUCAGUACAGAAAAUAUAAAGAUCGUUUCAAGUCAAUAUCACCACCCAUAACGUUAGAAAAUCAUGCAAAGAGCAGUGCAUUUAUUGAGUAUUCGAGAAUUAAAAACCAAAAUAUUGACAAUUCUCCGCAAUCUAAUUAUCAAGAAGCCCAUUUUGAUAAAAAUAUGCUGUCCAAAACCUACGUGCCAACUUAUACUGAAGAUGAAAAUUUGCUCACAUCUGACCGCACACAUUUUCGACCAAUUAAACAAACCUAUGUAGACGGAUAUGUAUUUGACAUAUGCAAUUAUUUAGACGAAAUCGAAUAUGAGAGGUCACAUAGUGGAUUUUUGUGCUAUGACGGGGAAAAGUUUUUAGAAUUCAAUAAAUUUGAAGGUGGUGCAGUUUUGUGUGAAGGUGAUAAACAUUCUCUAAACGAAAAAGUACAAGGUGCGCAAAAUUCAAAAUAUUCUAGCAAAAAUAUUGUAACAAAGAAGUACGAAGAAUUUGUCUUAAAAUUUCGUAUAAACAACAAAAAUGAAAAAUAUUGUCAAACUGAUCCACCACCACGAAGUCCACAUGAAAUGUCUUUGGAAAACAUUACAGAUUUGCAAAAUCUUAGGAUUAAAAAUUUCAAUGAAAACUAUUAUAGUCAUUUUAUUAGCGAAUCAGAAAGUGAAAAUGCCUCAAAUUAUUGUUGUUUCGAAGAAGAAAAUAGAAGCUCUACCAGUACUGAAGAUUAUGAAAAAUUUGAUAAUUCAUUUGUUUAUAGCUCAUCAAACAACAAUGGUACAAUAGAAUCAGCAAAAGCAGCAGCAGCAGUUAUAAUGGCAGCAGUUGCCAAUAACAACAAUCAGUUUGCUUCAAGUAAAAAAUUACCAAACUGGUCCAUGUUUGACAUACGUCAAAAAUGUUCGGCUAAUAUGGAUCUAAAUAAGUAUAAGUCAAUUGGAAAUAACAACGAUAACCAUACUCUAUGGGGCUCAUGUGCAGCCUGUAAUUUCAAUCAAGAAUUAGAGUCAUUUCCGGCAAAUCGCUUACUUAAAGAUGAAUUAAAAAUUGAAGGCGAUGAAAUAAUGUCUGACUUAAAAUAUAUGCAAGAUUUGUUUAUUGGAAGUGAUUGGGAAGAAGGAACAUGUAGUAGUAGCGGAGGCGAUAGCGAUAAUUUAGCUAGUGACAUCGUUGAAACAGAUUUCGAAAUUGUCGGUAGUUCCGAUAAAAAUAAAAAAUCGAAAAACAAAAAACUGUUAUUUUCAAAUGAAAAUAAUUUUUUAUGUAACGAAUCCGUUAAAAGCAAUAAUAUGGAAAACAUCCCAUUUAAAGACGAAAUGCAAACCGAUUUAUAUUAUAAUGUUACAAAACUUAUAGCUGAUUUAUUAAGACCAGAAAAUGCAAAAUCCUUGGCAAAUGCUCUUGGUGAAGCAGCUAUUCAAGCUGCUAAUGUUCAUGCAAAAAUAAAUAAUAAAAAUAAUACACACAAGGAAUAUAAACGAAAUGAUACGGAGAUUGAAAGUUUUUGCGGUGGUUUAUUAACCAAUGAUGAGCAGAUAAUCUGGAAACAUAAUGAGCUGAAGCCUCUGGAUAAAUAUUUAACACGAUUUAAUAGCAGCAGCAACAACAAUAACAAUUUACUUGAUGCAAAUGAUUCCUCUGGGAAACUAAAAUGGGAACACUCAAACUUAGCUGAUAUCUGGAAACAGGAACUUAAGACAAGCUCCAAACAAAAUUUUCCAGGCAAAACUGAAGCUCAGUAUAAAAAGGAAAAUUUCGAAUUUGAGCAUUUAAAACAUAUCAGAUACGGUAGCGAUAAUAAUUGCAAAUCUUCUAAAACAUAUUUUAAAAAUAAUGAAAAUGAAAAUCUGCCCAAGACUUAUUCUAACAAUAUGAAUCAAAAAGUUGGAACAUCAAACAUAUCUGAAAAUAGCAACAUUCUCAAAGAAACUAACACGGAAAAUGCAGAAUCUUUAAAAAAUGAAUCUUCGACACCAUUUAAUAUAAAUAGUAAUCCUUACUUCGGAUUUACAAGAAAAAAUAAUCGUAUCGAUCGUAAACGUCGUCAUUCAGCUUCACAAAUGGUAACAAGUUCUUGCAAUAAGGAAAUAUCUUCAAUUAUACCGAAUGAAGGCCAAAAUUUUUCCGAAAUCGUGAUAUCGUCGACUAACAACAAUAAUAUAUCUAGCGACGUUUUCUCAAAAGGUUCAUCAAAUAUAAACGAAAACCCAAGCAAUACCACCAUCAAUAAUAUUAUUGGUAAUGGAAAAGAAAAUUUAAAAUUUGAAAUAAGUAACAAUUGCAGAAAUUUUCUACAUAAUUACCAAAAUAUUAUUGGUGGUGGUGAUUCAAAAAAAGAAAAGAAACAUUUCAAUUUUUAUGAAAACUUUAUACUUGGUGGGAAUAAAAUCGAAUUGAUGGGAAAAGAUUUGUUAAUCAAAGCUAAGUUGAAUGAUUAUGUUGUUAAUAUGAGUGAUGAUAAUGAUGAAACGAAAGUCACAUCAACUACAACAUCAAACGAUACAACAGCAUCAUCAACAAGUGGUGCAACAAUAAUUUCUUGCAAUUUAUGGGCCCUAAACACUAAACUGGAUAUGGCUAAGGAUUUUGAUUCAAAUGAUUCAGCUUUUUGGCAGAAAAAUAUUGGUUAUUUAGAUUAUGGCUACAAUAAUGUUGAUGAUAUAUCUUCUAUUAGUCCUUCAUCGAUUUUAAAACAUGUUGCAUUGGUUUCUCGACCCUUAACUCGUUAAAUUGAAAAGUAAAUUAAUAAAACAAAAAGCAAAACACAAAAAAAAAAAAAAACGAAAAAAAUUAAUAAUUAAUCCUUUUAUUGUUUUGUUAUGUUAACUUUUUUUGUUUCUUUAAAGUACAGUUCGUUUCAAUUUUUAUUACUGUUAUAUUCUUCUUUAGUAUCCAUAAUUUACAUAUUAACUAAAAAAAAACUUAUUUGAAAUUUUCAAAAUAUUUAAAUUUAGAAAGUUUUUUCGUUUUAUAUGCUACUGAUAAUGUAUUUUGGGUCAAAUUUGCGAUUAAAUACAAGAAAAAGUAUUUCGAAAGCUCAAUGCUUUAUAAUAUAACUCCGAAACUUUGAAUGACUCAUUUAAAAAUUUAAAUGUAGAGUCUAGAAAAUCGCAAUUUUGCGUUAAUAUAUUUAGCGUUCGAAAUACAUUAUCAAUAAUAUUAAAAAAUUACAUAUGUAUGUAUUGGUUUAAAUAUUUUAUUUCAUAAAGUUAUUCGAAAUAACAGUAGUUUGGUGACUAAACUGUUAAAUAAUUUUUUAAAAUAAUGUUUACAAAAUAACCUGUUUAAAAAUGUUUCAAAUAUUGUGCUUUUUCGGUAUUUUAAGUUUGUAUUAAAUAUUGUAUAAAAUAAUUUUACUUUGUAUAAUAGCAAAAUUAUGUUAUGUACAAACUUUGAAAUCCGAAUUUUUUAUCACAUUUUUUCAAACAAACUUAUACUACUGCCUAAAACAAAAAGAACUAAAUCUACAUAAUUAAAUUCAAACACAAAAGUUUUUCAGGUUUUUAACUCUUAAUAAAUUAUAGUUUGAAAAUAAGAAGAAAAACUAAAACAAAGACUAUAAUGAUACAAUAUUUUGUUUAAAGUUUAUAUUUAAUACAUUGCAUAUUAAGUUCGUUCACUUUAAAAACCGAAAAAUAAAUUAAAAUACCGAAAAAGCCUAUCAUUUCAAAUAUUCUAAAUAAUUAAAUCCAAUAUAUAUGAUUAUAAGUCUACAUUUUAAAUUCUAAAUGUUUUGUAACAUUCAAGUUAAAUUUUACGUAUAAUGUAAAAAUUACAUUUCUAAAACAAAAACAAAGUAGAACAAGUUAAAGUAUAUUUUUUAAAUAAAUUUAAAAAUUCAAAUAUAAAUUUUAAUUUCAAUCAAUUCUUUUUUUCUUUUUAGUAAUUAGGAAUAAAAUUCCUUCAUAAAUACUUGGUAUUUACCAAACCAAAAAAAAAAAAUAUUUAAAAAAGUUUAAGAAAAGCAUAUAUAUUUCUUUUUUAUGUAAUAAAUAUAUAUAUUUAUAAAAACAAAAAAUAAAAAAAAUAAUACAUAUUUCAUAUAUAAAUAAGUGAAUAAUGAUGAAAUUAUAAUUUUUCAUUUUGAGUAAUAUAUUAUUUGCAAACACACAAUUAUUCAAUUUAACGAUUUAUUAAAGUUGAUGAAUUUAUUUAUUCCAAUUAGUCACUAAGCCGAAUAGAGCCUUUUUUAAAGUAAAUUUUUGGUGUUAUAAUUCUUAUCUAAUACUUUUUCCUGAUAACUUAAAUAGUGCAAUUAUAAAGAACUUUACAGUGCAUUCACUUUUUAUUGCAUAAAGCUAAGUACCCUUUUUUUAAUUAGAAAUAAGGAAAUAUACUAUUGGAUAAGUCUUCUAUACUGCGUAACAGCAUUUUAUAGAAUUUGUUAUUUAUUUUUUAAAUAAUAACACAAGUACUACAGAUUAACAAGCACCUAAUUUGAAAUUUUAAUAAAUUUAUAUUGUUUUUCAAUCAAUAUUUAGAACUUUGCUCUGUCAUUUGUAAAUUUUCACUUUUAUCUUUAUAAAUUCAUUAACGGUAAUAAAUAAGUUAACAAGUUUUCUUUUUUAUUUUCGUUGCGUUUUAUUAUUUUUUUUCCUGUUGUGUUUAGAUGUAUUUAAAAUAGAACAAAAAUGAAAAAUAUUAACAUUAUGUAUGUAUGUAUAUAAAAAAUUUAAUGUGUUUCAGAAUAAAAUUUAUCAAGAGAUUUGGGAAAAAAAAAAAAUUUUUUUUGUUUUUGUUAUUUUGAGAACAAGAAAAUGUUAAAAACAUUCAACCUCCGAUUGUUAUUAAUU